CACACACACACACACACCUUAGUGCACCUAUUCAGUGUAAAUCAUUUGCAGUCUCUACAUACCUGAAACUGUGAAUAGAAGCAGUGCGGACUGAGUUAUCUGGACAAGAUUAACCUGGAGAGAGUAUGGCCUCUACAAUUAGCCUUCUCCCCGAGAAGCACUUCCUGUGCUCUCUGUGUAGAGACAUCUUCACCAGCCCGGUGACCAUACCGUGUGGACACAGCUUCUGCUUGUCCUGUCUCAGCCACUACUGGACACGACACCUGUCCAAAUACUGCCCGCGCUGCAGGAGACUGUUUAGUGACAGGCCUGACCUCAGCGUCAACCGCAUUCUGGCAGAAGUCUCAGAUAACUACAGGAAGACUCGACCAGAGAAACCAACUGAUGAGGAAAUGGUUAUAGAUGUUGAGCAAAUGAUUCAGGAGAGGCAGCAGAAGGCAGAAAGAUUGAAAUAUGCUCUGGAGCUACAAAAGAACUCCUACCUCAGAGAGGUGCGAGAGAGCCAGAAGGUCUUUUCUGCCCUCGUACACGCUAUGGAGAAGAAUCACAAAGCCGUGGUUGACGCAAUUGAGGGGAGACAGAGAGAGGAGGAGAAGAAGGUAGAAACAUUGGUGAAGGAGAUCGAACAGGAGAUCCAGGAGCUGAGGAAGGAGAACACCGAACCCGACCCCCUUAUUCCUGUAAAAAGUGAUCAAGAUGACGAUACGGACCAAGUUAUCAACAGUGUUCCCACUGUGUGCCCCUCUGGGAUGAAGGACUGGUCCAAAGUUACCAUAGAAACUGACCCAUGUGUUGGGGUCACCAGACGAGCACUGGCAGACAUAAUGGAGAAGAUUAAGGUAGAAGUCAACAGGCUCUCCAAAUCUGAACUCAAGAGAAUAGAGAAAUACAUAGUGGAUGUCAAUCUGAGCGCCAAGACAGCCCACCCCUUCCUCUCCGUCUCAGAUGACAGAAAAGAGGUGAGACAUACGGACAAGCUUCAAGAGGUACCAGAUCACCCCAAGCGGUUCAACCGCGUGGCAAACGUGCUGGCCAAAGAAAGCUUCAGCGGCGGGAGGUGCUACUGGGAGGUGGAGGUCGGGGAGAAGAUUGAGUGGAAUCUGGGUGUUGUCAGACAGUCCAUGAACAGGAAGGGCAAGUUCUCUAUCUGCCCUGCAAAUGGUUUCUGGACUUUAAGCCUGAAGGCUGGAGGCCAGUUCAUUGCCAACACCUCUCCUGUCACGCCGUUGGCUCUAGAGCAGAGACCCAGGAAGGUGGGCGUGUUUCUGGACUACACUGAGGGCCGCGUGUCCUUCUACUGCGCAGAAUCUGGAGUCCACAUUCACACCUUCACAGAUGCAUUCACUGACAGGCUUCAUCCGUUCUUCAGUCCCGGUCGCCUGCAUGGCGGCAAAAACAAUGCUCCCCUAAUCAUCUCUUCUAGUUUCUGCAGCAUCUAAGCAUUCGUGUUUUUAUUUCUAUAUUUAUAAUUCUCCAGUGUAACUACAGUUGUUGUGCAUGUGAUUAUCUUUUCAGUAUCAAUCCAGUGUGUCAAAUAUAUCUAUUUAAUGACAAAUCCAUAUGAAAAACUACAAUGAACCACACUUUCCCUGUCAGAACAGUGAACAAGAGGUUGAAUAAGGACUGACUCACUCGAAAAAGUUCAAUGAAAGCCAUAAACAGAUUGAAAGGGAAAGAGGAGGGUAGCAGAAAAAGAGAAGACUCUCAUAAAUGAACAAGUGAGUCAAAAAGAAGAGAACAUGGGUUGCAGAGUUGGAUGGACGUGAGGGGCUGCGGGGUUGGGACAGAGGUUGACGAGGAGCAGGGAGGGAGGGCACAGCCAAACAGCAGGGCAUUGUGCUCGUACGCCAGGCACUGGGAGACACACUCAAACACAUUCACUCAUUCACACACUGACACAGUCGUCCACACAAGCGCAUGCUUCUGCCCACCGCCACACAGACUUGCGCUGGCAUCUCGGAGGGCAGCCCCAUCUCCAGUCCAGUCCUGGGUGUCCAAGCCGAUCGACCCGCUCUACUUCACUUCACCUGACCUCUGAGACGGAGUCUCCCUUUUUCUCCAGCCUUUCUGGGGACUGAACUGAAUCCUCAGGGCCGUCUGUCAUCCACAACUCCAGGCAUUGCAACUGAUCAACACAGGCAAAGGACCAGCAACACUAGCCUGUUGACCAAGGGGAGCAGCGAGAGUCCAAUAUACUUCUUUUGAGGAUACCUGUCGUUGUCUGACCCAAG